AUGGAGUUGGAGCCCCCGCGCCGGCCUCAACAUCGAACAUCUGGUGCCAGCAGCCAGAUUUCCUUUGCCACUACCAAUGAUGCCCCGCGAACCGCCGCGAGCGUGGCUUCUUUGAGCAACAAGUCGGACAACAAGUCCUCCACUGGUUCAACAACAAGAGAGACUGUGAGAAAGCCUUCCAAAGCGGAGGUGAAGGAUGCCAGGCCCCGGCCCACGAAAUGGUACGUGAAGUGCUCGGGCCGCCUGGUUGAGAACACAGCCUUUAUUAGUCUCACAACGGCUCUGACUAUCUACGCCCUGACCGGGGAUGACCUGCGAGUGCUUCUAACGGAGAAGCCCGCGGACAACUAUUUCAAUGGUAUGGUCUUGGCUUGCUUAGCCAUUUUCACGUUCGAGAUUUUCAUUUCCGUCCUGGGCAAGGCCGACUACUGGCUUGGAUUCUUUUUUAUUUUGGACGUUGUUUCCACCACCACAUUGGUGCUCGAUUUGACGUGGGUGAACGAAGCAGCUUUCGGCGGGACCACAAACACAGAUACGUCGGAAGAGGGCGAUACCCUGCGAAGCGGCAGGACAGCGCGCGUUGGUGCCAAAGCGGCACGGAUGGUCCGCGUGCUGAGAUUGGUCAGAAUCCUGAAGCUCUACAAAGCCUACUACGAGGCCGACCGAGAGCGCAAGCGUCGGCGGCAGGCUGCAUUGCAGGGAAAGAACAAGGAGAAUGAUGAUGAUGAGUGGGACGAGGAAGACGUGGCCCAAGCAGAUGCCGCCGUAUCUGCCGAGAUGCAACAUCAAGAGUCCACUCUCGGAAAGAAGUUGUCUGAGAUGACAACCCGCCGGGUGAUCAUCCUCAUCUUGGUCAUGCUGAUCCUUAUGCCGCUGUUGCAAAAGGAUCAGAUUGACCAGCUGCCUGUUUCCACUGCGUACGGCUCAAACAUAGUGAUGAAUGCAUUUCAGGACUACUUCUCCGAGUUGAAUGUGUCCACGCAGAAUGCCUCCUCACGGGCCUUUUACCAGCAACAGAUGCUCCACUUUGUGUACUACCACAACUGGUUUGCUGGGACCGGCCUGAACAAAUAUUGCCCGUACAGCAGCACCAACCUGUCCUGCUCAAGCGCGUUUUGGGGCCAUCUGUACUUUGUCGGCCUUCGUGGGCGAAACAUGGCCGCUGUGGACGCCAAGGCCGCUGCGGCGCAGCUCGAUCUUGAUACCGUGGCUGCCUUCGACCAGGCUUCGCGAAAUGGGUACUUGGCCUCCUACAAUUAUGGCGUCCUGCCGUCGCGUGUGCAGACCUUCCUCUCCGGGGAGUGGGCCAACAACUGCGGCACGACAGAGUCGCCGCUGCUAGGCGUUUCACUGCUUGCCGAAGAUGUGAACGGCGACGUUUCGUAUCCUGUGGUGUGCCCGCAGGACCUUCGUGCCACAGACUAUUCGGUUGUCAUCCCACUAUGGCAGACACGAGCGCAACGCAAUGAGUGGCGUUUCGAGUUCUUCUUUGACAUUCGGAUAUACAACAAAGAGGUCGCGUAUUUCAGUCUGGCUACAACGGGGAUCGUGCUGGUGCUGCUCUUGACCGGGUCUCUCAUGUUCUCCCGCGAUGCCAACCGGCUCAUCGUCAACCCGGUGGAACAAAUGAUCCACAAAGUCAAAGCCAUUCGUGACAAUCCAUUGAUUGCCAUGAAGAUGGCAAACGAAGAGUUCAAGCUGGAGGAGAUCAAGAAAUCUCGAAUGCGCAGACAAGGCUAUUUUCUGAGCGCCGAGCUCUCGGAGGAUGGCGCGCAGGUGCCUGCCGAAGCCACUGCUGCAAAGGUCUCGGCCAGCCCGGUGGAGCCGGCAAAGAAGGCGGAGCCUCGUGCCACGGAGGAGCCCUCCGUGGACUACUACGGGGAGGAUUCGGACCCGGAUGACGAAGCCGUGCAAGCUGCGCAUCAGCUGCGAGAGGCUGCCGUCCAGCGAGCACGCGAAGCUGGGGAUGCAGAGGUCUCAGCUGGUGAUGCUCUGCAGGCACUGAUGAAAGAGGCCGAAGAAGAGAAAGCUCCCUACAAGGAGCCAGAUGAAACGACAAAGAGAAUGGUGCAGGCCAUUGCAAAGGACGAUUUCGAAGAGUGCGAGGAUGCCCUGAUGCAGGGAGCGGAUGUCAAUGCCGACUGCGGUGCAGGCAUGUGUGCCCUCCACAUGACGGCUCUCAGAGGGGAGAUGUUCUUGACGGAGCUCCUGAUCGCCCACGGUGCAAACCUGAACCAGCGAGACUUGAGCGGCAACACCCCGCUGCUUUACGCCUGCCACUUCUACCGGCAGCAUGGGCGAGGGGUCGAGUUGUGCGCCCAGCUCCUCUUUCACAAGGCCGACCCUCACUACCGCGUGAAAGAUGGGAAGCUCGCGGGAAAGAGUGCGCAGGACUUGAUGGAGAAGGCAUGCUUGGAGCCGAACACAGACGAGAGUGUGCCGCGGCAGAUGCGUGCGAUGAUCCAGCUCGCGCUGGAUGGUUCGGAGACCUCCAUAGAGGCCAUCACGAAAAUGUGGAUAUCCGUCAAGUCGGACAAGAAGAACAAGAAGCUUUUCCAAGUCUCCUCGAAGAGGGACAAUUUUGAGUAUGCGGUGAAGAGUGUGGCUUGGGAGCUGCCUGAGAACGUGAAGAACGCUCAAGGGUAUGCACCAGUGAAGUUAGACGUGCAGGCUGCCAGCCUGAUGGAGGAGCGCUUUACGAUUCUUCAGGACUACUUGUUCAACGAUGAGGGCGAGAAAGUGAAAGUGUACAUCACUUUCCCCGAUCCGGCAGUCAGCAGUUUGAGCAAGAAGGAGGCUCUGGAGGUGAGCUUCGAGUAUCAAGCUUUCGACCUCAAGCUUCGAACAGGCCAGGAGAACUACAGGCUGCGGAUCGAGCCGCUUUACGGCUCGGUGGAGGUUGACCAGUGCAAGUAUCGUGCAUCCGAAUCCUCCAAGAAGCUGCAGGCAAGCAAGGAAGGACCAAUGGAGACCGUGAUCUUGGAAAAGACCAUUGUGAAGUUGGGAUCCCUGCUGGCUCUUGGCUUUGGCGAGGCGGGUGCGAAUAUCAUUUCGCACAACAUGAAAGGCUCCGACACUGCGGGCGUGAACGCCGUAGUUCCUGGCCUUCGCGUGGAUGCCGUCAUCGGCGUGUGCAGAGUGCUGGAUUUCAGCACUGCCACGGAGGUUCUCCAAGGUCGCAUCAUGACCUUUGUCAACCAGAUCGCAGAGAUCAUUCAUGGUGUCGCUGAUGAGUUCUACGGAGCACCGAACAAGAACAGCGGCGAGCAGUUCCUCGUCAUCUGGCGCAUGGACAACAACGCCCAGGCUUUGGAGCGGAGGAGGAUAGCGGAGAUGUCCAUCGUUGCUUUCUGCAAGAUCCUAGGUGCUCUCCAUCGGUCGGCGCUUCUGGCAGAUUACCGGUCGCAUCCUGGAUUGCAAUAUCGCCUCUCCAGAAACGGUCAGCUUUCCUCUCAGACGCGGGUCAACCUGAGCUUCGGCCUGCAUGCUGGCUGGGCUAUUGAGGGUGCUGUGGGCAGCGAGUUCAAGAUCGAUGCUUCGUACGUCUCUCCGAACGUCAGCAUUGCAUCGAGCGUCGAACGCUGCACCCAGGUCUACGGUGUCUCUGUCAUCGUGGCACAAAGCUGCAUGGAGCUUUGCUCGCCGGAGUUGUUGGCAAAAAGCCGACUGAUUGACCGCGUCCUCAUCACUGGUUCGCCAACACCGAUGCAGCUCUAUUGCGUCGACCUGGACUACUACAGUCUGGAAGUGGACACCUCGCCUGCGCCGCAAGUUCCUCUAAAUACGAAGAACCGGUACCGAGCACGGCAGUUCAUCGAGUCGCAGAAGGUGCAGAAGCUGGGCAAGGACUUCCAGAUUGUCAUGGCUUUCGAGGAAGAUCCGGCAAUUCACGCCAUGCGACAGAGGUACACCGUCGACUUCUUCCAGUUGUUUAAUAUGGGGUACCAAAAUUACGCGCAGGGCGAGUGGCUCGUGGCAAGACGCAUGCUGAUGGAAACCAAAGACCUGCUCGGCGUGGAAGAUGGCCCAUCCGUGGCUCUCCUUCGCUAUAUGGAGGAUCCUCAUCAGUUCGAGGCACCGAGGGACUGGCACUCCAUGAGGGAUCUGUCGAGCUUGCUGUGA